UUCUUCCUAUAACCUCCUAUGGCAAUUUCUUCUGUCUGUGGCAGUUUAUGUUCAUCAGGUUUGAAAGCGCUGCCAGAGACAUGCAGAACUACAGGCAUGGCUACCCUUUUCAGAUCAGGCAUCAGAGCAGGAGGCAACUAUCUGACAAGCCCAAUCUGCAAUUCUACCUUGGAAUGAGGCACUCGGUUCCUGAUGACGUUUCCAUCGACGGUUUCCACCAGGAUUGGUACAGAGAUUAUGACAAACUGGAAUCUGUCCACUCCUACAUUCAGUGGCUUUUCCCACUGCAGGAACCAGGGAUGAACCGCGAUGCCAGUAUUAUGACAACAGAAGAAAUCAAGGAGUUUCUUCAAAGCAACAUCGCAAAGGACAAUCUGUUGAAGUCUUACAAGCUCAUGUUGGACUUCUAUGGCAUCGAGUUGAGUGAUGAGACAACGGGAGAAGUCAGAAGAGCGUGUAACUGGAGAGACAGGUUCAACAACCUAAACAGACGAACUCAUAACAACCUGCGCAUCACCCGCAUCCUGAAGUGCCUGGGAACCCUGGGGUACCAGCACUAUCAAGCCCCCCUGGUCUACUUCUUCCUGAAGGAGACCCUCGUCCACCGAGAACUGCCCCAAGUCAGAGACAGCGUCCUCCACUACUUUGUGUUCGCUGUGCUCGACAAGGGAGAACGCAGGAGCCUCGUCAAGUUUGCCUAUUUGAACUAUGACCCCAGGGAGGAGUUUGUGUGGUGCCCCAGGAAGGUUCAGAUGAAGUGGUCGCGGGGAACGAGCGGCAGGAGAGAGCUUCCGCACCACCGCGAGGACGGAAGCCAGGGAGAGGAAGAUUGAGCUUACCUUCUGCAAAUGCCAAUGUGGACUCUUCUAUCCAGUGCGUGCGGCAUGCUAGUCGUCAUAAGUACAGGAAGAGGAAAGGAUAGGAUCAGACUGCUUCACAAAUACAUACUAAAAUGUUCUUUUUUUUUUUAUCCCGCAUGUAGUCUGGUUUUGGGACACACCCUGUGCAGAUAAUAUAUCCAGCCCUGAAGAGAAUUUCAGCAAAUUAAAAGCUGCAAAGAAAACGGAGUAGACGGGGGCUGUGAAGAUUAAUAUCGGGUGAUGUAGUGAGAUAUGCAAAUGUUGGCUGAUUUUUCCUUUUCCAUGCAGCGGUGAAUUGUGCAAUUAUGUAUGCAAAUUAUUUUGUUCACUUUAAUUCUCACAAUUUGGUGUGUGGACUUCGUGUUUUGUUCGGUUAUAUUCUUACUUGACUUUCACAAUAAUCUGCCCUUUAAAAAUGUCAAUUUUAUUAAAAAGGCCUAUCCUACAAAUAAGUUGGGACAAAUGGAGUUUGAAGAAUCGCUCACCGUUUGAUGAUGGUCAAUAAACCUGAAAAAAAAGUACUAAUUUGAUUGUCUGACGAAUUUCUACUUUAAAUUUCAUAA